AUGAUGAAAGCACUAGUAACCAAUACACAGCAGUUCCAGCAACAGACCCAGACGAGCAUUCAACAAUUUCAGCAACAGACUCAGACGAGCAUUCAACAGUUCCAACAACAGACCCAGAUGAGCAUUCAAAACCUAGAAUCUCAAAUCAGUCAACUGGCGUCGUCUGUUGGUAAGCUAGAGUCUCAAGGUAAGCUACCUUCUCAAUCUGUCAUUAACUCUAGACAAAAUGCUAGUGCUAUUGUGCUUCGUAGUGGAAAAGAAUUGCAGGAAAAUGUGAACGAAGAUGACACUAAACGUGGGCACGCAAAGAAGGAAGAGGAGGAAAAAGAGAUUUUUGAGACGUUCCGCAAAGUGGAGGUAAACAUCCCUUUACUCGAUGCCAUCAAGCAAAUACCCCGCUACGCGAAAUUUUUCAAAGAACUGUGCACUAGUAAGGGUAAACUCAAGGAAAAUGAAUGGAGUGCUAUGUGUGACCUUGGAGCGUCUAUAAAUGUUAUAUCCCUCACCAUUUUUGAGUCCUUAAAUGUUGGUCCCUUAAAGGAAACAGGGGUAGUCAUCCAACUUGUAGAUCGCUCUGUAGUCUAUCCGGAAGGAGUCUUGGAAGAUGUUCUCGUACAGGUAAAUGAAUUGGUUUUUCCCGCCGAUUUUUACGUGCUGGACAUGAGGGAGGACAACUCCCCCAAUUCCACGUCAAUCCUGCUAGGAAGACCAUUCCUCAAGACAGCUCGAACAAAAAUCGAUGUGCACAGUGGAAGUCUCACCAUGGAAUUCGAUGGGGAAAUCAUAAGAUUCAACAUCUAUGAAUCCAUGAGGUAUCCGACUGAUUUACCUACCGCUUUUCUUGUAGAUAUUUUUGACCAUCUCAUGCAGGAUUCCACAAUAAUUAACGGCGAGGACCAUGUGAAGUACACAUUGGAAGAAAGCCUCAUGUUAGAGAAAGCAAAAAUUUUGGAAGAAACCAUGAUCAUAGAUCCGUUGGUGCAAGAAAAAGCUAAAUUCGAUGGUUAUAAAGACUUCAGCUCUUGUUCGAGAACUUAUAAGAACAAAGCAUUUCACAACAAAAUAAGUUCGAGGAAGAAUUCUCUCAUGAACCUCAAAAUUUUCCUUGAUCCACACCAUCUUUGGGUGAACGACGACGAAGAAGAAGAGAAUUUAAAGUGCCAAACUUAUUCAAGUUGA